AUGCAAGAUGCUGAACACUGGGACAUAGGACAGAUGCAGGAUGCUGAACAGUGGGACAUAGGACAGAUGCAAGAUGCUGAACAGUGGGACAUAGGACAGAUGCAGGAUGCUGAACAGUGGGACAUAGGACAGAUGCAGGCCCAAUACACGGCCGAGUCUUCUCAGUCACCCGGCUGGAGGAGAAUCCGCCUGCACUUCGGGCCAGCUGGGACGCGCCAGGGCUCGGAGCACCUGCUCAAUGGACAGUCCUUCCCUGCAGAGGUGCAACUUAUACACUACAACCAGGAACUCUAUGCCAACUACAGUGAGGCAGCCAAGAGCCCCAAUGGCRUAGCAAUUGUGUCCAUAUUCAUAAAGAUAUCCGAGUCUCCAAAUGUAUUCCUGAAUCGCAUGCUGAACAGAGACACCAUCACGAGAAUAACAUACAAACAUGACGCAUUCUUACUCAUGGGGCUCAACAUAGCAGAUCUAUAUCCAGACACUAUACGUUUUAUAACAUACGAGGGCUCCAUGACUAUCCCGCCCUGCUUCGAGACAGCCACCUGGAUCCUCAUGAACAAACCUGUGUACGUCACACAGAUGCAGAUGCAUUCUCUGCGACUGCUAAGUCAGAAUGAGCCAUAUAAGAUAUUCCUCAGUAUGAGUGACAACACGCGGCCCGCCCAGCCUCUCCUACAGCGCUGUAUCCGCACCAACAUCAACUUCAGCAAGCAGGGCCGGGACUGCCCCAACAACCGUGCCCUGAGGCCCCAGUAUCGAGUAAACCAGUGGCUUCUGAAGUAGGAAAAAGAUGAACAUGCUGUACAAUACAACAGGAUAAAAACUAAAUAUGGGAUCCUGAUUCUCAAGACUUUAUUUGAAUGUGGAAAUACUACAUUAUCAGCAGAGGCUGUUUUUUGAAUAUGUUUGAGAUUGCAAAGUAAGACAAGUAAAGAUUGAAAAGUGUAACUUUUAAGGCUGCACAAAUGUAAUUCUUUUACAGAGCUUAUGGAAAUGGGCUGUAUAGAAAUUCAGCAGGCUCCGCCAUUUACUGACCUCUGCAGUGGAGACAAUGAGGACCUCUUUUAUGACAUCAUCACCAACAUCAKAUUCACUUGAGUACCCAAAGAUCCCAAAGGACCAACACUUCUUGAAAUUAGCUAAAUGUAAUCACAGAUACAACCAUAAUGUGUUUUGAUACCAACAGCAUUCCAUCAGAUCUAACAACAAGCUAAGAAUCUGAAUAUGAUAAGAGGGUGCUUCUGGUGAUGAAAGCUUCUACAUAAACAUGUCACAAGCAAAAGGUGUACUGAAUAAAUGUCACAAAUGCAGAAACUUUUCCUGACCAUGUGACCUAACCAGGAAAAACUCUGGAUCCCAGUAAAACACCAGGGCACGAGAUAUUCCUGUUCAGGCCACAUAGUCAGGAAACACUCCUAGCCAUAGACUUGGUAGAUCCAGUAUUUUAUACUGUAUUUACUAAACUUUUCAAGCCAUUUUGGGCCAUUUGCCCUUUCUCUGUUUAAUUGUUUACAAUUUCAUUCACUCUGUUUAUUUCAAUGAUAGCAGCCCAAUUAACAUGUUUCAGAGAAUUAUCUAAGAUAAAAUAUCACUUUACAUAAGGCCUAUAUAGUAUAUGCUGUUUAAGAAUUGUAUAUUGUCUAGCACUGAAUAGAGCAUGGGACGUGAUUUGUCUGCAAAUUCUUUAAGCAGUCACAAGGCAUUCCUUAUCAAUUAUUUAUCCUCAUUUUCAAUUCAGAGCUGUGUAUGGCGUUACAGGCAAUGUGGGUUUGUGUGUGUGCGCGCAUGUGUACAUGACUGUAUGUGUGUGUGUGUGUGCGCUCUCUCCUGGGAAUUGUAUUUCUCAUUAAAUAGGGUAAAUCUCCUCGUUUUGUGGCAACGAAACAAAUACAAUUGUAUUUGUCACAUGCGUCAAAUACAACAACAGGUCUACAGUGAUGCUUACUAAUAAUCUCUUUCCCACCGAUGCAGAGUAAAACAAGAAGAUAAAGACACAAGAGAAAUAACACACAAUAAUGAAGCUAAAUACAGGAAGUACCAAUAUACCAUAUCAAUGUGCAGGGGUACGAGGUAGUUGAGGUAAGUAUAUACAGUGCCCUCAGAAAAUAUUCACACCCGUUGACAAAGUAAGAUUUAUAUGAAUUGAAUUGUAAUUUUUUGGAAACGAUCUAAACAAAAUAGUCUAAUGUCAAAAUGGAAGAAAAAWUUUCAUUUUUAUUUUUAA